AUGAUCGUCAAAAGUCGAACUGACCAGCGCCUCGUACCCGACCUGCGGGAGGUCCUGGACAUCCUACUGAAGAGCCGGAUGCGCCUAAAUCCGAAGAAGUGCACUUUUGGGGUCAGAUCGGGAAGGUUUCUCGGUUUCCUGGUGUCCCGAAACGGAAUCCGGGCCAACCCGGAUAAACUCCAGGCCCUCAUGGACAUGGCCCCUCCGAGGAGCGUGAAGGAAGUCCAACGGCUAACAGGAAGGAUGGCCGCCCUGAAUAGGUUCCUCUCGCGCUCCGCGGUCCGGGGGCUGUCCUUCUUCCGAGUACUGAAAGCGCCGAAGGACUUCCACUGGACUGAGGAGUGCCAGAAGGCCUUCAUCGACCUAAAAAUCUACUUGGCCGAGCUACCGUCUCUGACAGCCCCAGAGCUGGGGGAGACCUUAUUCCUAUACCUAUCCGCCUGCAACGAGGCCGUCAGCGCGGUCCUGGUGCGGGAGGAUGGGGGGGCUCAGAGGCCGGUGUAUUACGUAAGCCGAGCUCUACAGGGGCCAGAGACACGAUACUCGCCAGCCGAGAAGUUGGUCCUUGCCUUGGUACAUGCGGCACGCAAGCUCCGCCCUUACUUUCAGGCUCACGGCAUUGUAGUCCUGACUGACCAGCCCUUGCGUCAGAUACUUACCAAGCCAGAGGUCUCGGGCAGAAUGACCAAAUGGGCUGUCGAGCUAGCCGAGCACGACAUCGGCUAUCAACCCCGCAAAGCCAUCAAGGCCCAGGCCUUAGCGGAUUUCCUUGCUGAGGGGGCUAGCUUGAGUCUAACCGAGCUAAACCCCCAACACGAGGAGCGGCUGCCGAAGGAGCCCUGGGUGUUGUUCGUAGACGGGGCCUCCAGCAAGGAAGGAAGUGGGGCGGGUCUCCUACUCAUCUCACCUACCGGGGAAGAACUGACCUACGCCCUCCGAUUGGACUUCCCCGCGUCCAACAACGAGGCCGAGUAUGAGGCCCUGCUCACAGGAUUGCGGAUAGCCCACCAGAUGGGAAUAACCGCGAUCCAGGUCAGGAGCGACUCACAGCUCGUCGUCCUUCAAGUCCUUGGGGAGUACGAAGCCAAGGACGAGGUUAUGAAAAAGUACCUGGCCAAAGUACGAGAGGCGGUGGCCUUGUUCGAAACGUUCGAAAUCGAGCGGGUGCCAAGGUCCCAGAACAAGCGGGCAGACGCCCUUUCAAAGUUGGCAUCCUCCUCAUUUGCCCACCUGAGCAAGGAGGUAUUGGUGGAGGUGCUAAAGCAGAAAAGAAUCAAUCAGGUCCAGCUCCUGGCUAUAGACAGCUCGGCCACCUGGAUGACGCCCCUCGUUGACUUCCUCAGCUCGGGUGAACUCCCCGAAAACAAAGCUGAGGCCCGACGCAUCCAACUCCGAACUGCCAAGUACGCCUACGCCGGGGGAACCCUCUACAGGAGGUCGUACUUGUCCCCCUGGCUAAAGUGCGUGACGCCCGAGGAAGGUGCACGCUUCGCUGCGCCAUCAGCCAGCUCGGGAGAUGGUCCCCAUCCACAGUCCUUGGCCCUUCGCUCAAUGGGGGAUAGACCUCCUGGGUCCCUUUCCCCGAGCCCCGGGAAGAUAUGA